UUACCUAGUUCCGGUUGUGCAUGCGGACUUGGCGACGUGACGACAGAGGAGUGUAACAUUUAGGCGUUAAUCUGUGUUUAAUAUUUUAGGCCCGUUAAAAGUGUUCUAGGACGACGACUCAACACAAAAUGAACAUUCCUAAUAGUAAUAAACAAACAAAUAAAAAGCGUUUUGGGCAUAUCUGCUAUCAAUGCAACAUUCCAUUCAGAACGAAUAUGAAAUUGCAAUUACAUAUCAAAACCAGUGGACACUAUCCCAAAAGGAAAGGAAAGAAUAAGGCACAAGCUAACCUCAAGGCGUUAAAGGACACACCACAAUAUACUAUGAAAGAUUUCUGCAACCUCAGCCCCAAUGAACGGGGGGCAAUCCUUGGUUUGGAAUAUGUGCUGGAAUACAGAUUUCAUGUUGGACGUGGUAAAAAAGAGGUCGGUUACUUUUGUAAGCUGUGCAUGUAUGAUGCUUCCUUAGACAGGAUGGUGCAGCAUAUCACUGGUUUUAGACACAGAAAGAUCUUUUUGGCAAGAAAAUAUCCAUUUGUAAUGAAAGCUGUUCCAUCUGAAAAUUCUACUGAGAAAAAAUUAUUCCUGAAAAAAAUUGCAAGACAAAUUGAAAAGGAAGAGGGGGAAAAAACGUUCAUGGUUGAUGAACAAUCUUUAAAAAAGAAACUGAAUAAAUCAGAAAUAUCUGCUUUAAAAGCUUUAAGUCAAACCAUGCCUACAAAGUGGAGCAUUGAAGAGAAUACGGAUCUGUUAAUGAAAACAGCCAUCGACUAUUCGGAAGAAUUAGAGAUUGAUUCAGACUCUGAAGUAAAUAAAGUAUCAACGAUUAUGAUGCAAAUGGCUUGGCGUUUAAGAAUGUAUGCCUUGAGGGCAAGUCCAUAUAAUCCUUUUCCUGAACGAGUUGCAAAAGCGAAGGAAGUGGCUGUAGCAAUAAUAGACUGGAACAUUAAAAACACUGAAAGGCCUGAGGAGAAACCAGAUGACUUUCAUAUUGGGACUGGAGAUAGACAUAAAGGGGCUAAAGGUAAUUUAAAAUCCAAACAAAAGUAAUUAAAA